AUGCCGCCGCCCGCGGGGCCGCUGCUGCUGUUGGGGCUGGCGCUGGGGCUGGGGGCCGCGGCGGGCGCCGGGGGGGGCUGCCAGCUGCCGGCCGAGUGGCGACCGCUGAGCGAGGGCUGCCGAGCUGAGCUGGCUUCCAUCAUCGUUUACGCGCGGGUGUUGGCUCUUCACCCCGAUCCCUACGGGGCUUACAAUUAUCUGCCCUGGCAACGGGACCCCCCCUCCGGUGCCAGCUCGCAGCACAACCCGGGAGGACUCUUUUAUUCGGCCGAGAUCGAGCUGCUGUGCGACCAAGCGUGGGGCAGCAUGCUGGAAGUGCCCGCCGGCUCACGACUCAACCUCACCGGGCUCGGCUACUUCUCCUGUCACUCGCACACCGUCAUGCAGGGCUACGCUUACUUCUUCUUCCUCCGCAUGGAUGAGAAUUACAUCCUCCUGCCACAUGGGGUGAACUUCCAGGAGGCAAUUUUCCCGGACACCCAGGAGAACAGGCGGAUGUUCGCCAGCCUUUUCCAGUUUUCCAACUGCUCACAGGCACAGCAUGCCCUGAGCUUCUCCAGUGACUGGGAGAUCCAAGAAGACAAUCGACUCAUGUGCUCCUCAGUCCAGAAAGCCCUGUUUGAGGAGGAGGACAGAGUGAAGAAGCUGCAGCAGAAGGUGGCAGCAUUGGAGAAACGCAACAAACAGCUGCGAGAUCGGGUGAAGAAAGUCAAGAGGUCUCUCCGGCAAGCUAGGAAAAAUACCAGGCACAUGGAGCUGAUGAACCGAAAGCUCAGUGAGAAACUUGCCUCUGCUGGUGGUCAGAUCCCCUACAUUAACUCUUUAAAGCAGGAGAACUCACAUGCCACCUACCUUAAAGUAUAAUGCAAGGGUAAGAGCUCAGGCCAAUGACAAUGGCAAAUUUUGUCUGUGUUAGAUCAGGAUCUGGCCCUUACACCUUGUCUACACUGCUUCAAACCUUGCAUGGAAAGUGAAUCUGAACUUGCUCUAGACACAGUGCUAGAUUGAACAGGAAUGCAAACUGGAUUUGUCUGGGUAUUGGAGGAACGGCCCAAAACCAAGUCCAUGGUGAUCUGGGUAGACAUAGGGCCCGGUUAUAAUAUAAAGCACACUGUGCUUCUUGGUCUUCUUCCCCCUGCCUCUGUCAAAAGCCCUGUGGUGGGGUGGGUGUGAUGGAAGUUCUGUCAGGCACGUGACAUGGCCUUCUUCAAAAUGAAAUGCAAAUGUGCCCAAACUGUCUUAAGAUUGUGUGAAUAUUAAGUAUUUCUUAAUAUUCUGAAGAAAAAAAAAAACAAACAAAAAUCGAAUACUUUUCAUUUUACCAGGACAUGCCUUAAGAGUCAUAGUAACUCCUUCAGGUGCCUUUAGUGUUGCUCAGCCAAUGGAGCUGGAGAGCUAUCAAUCUGAGUCUGUGUCUAGGACCUAAUCCAGCUCCUACCAUCAGGAACGGAUUUAAGCCUAGAUUUAGUGGGUGCUGGAUCAGGUCUGAUGGACGAUUUCAGAUCCUGUUUUCAAGCAGGUUUAACUUACAGCGUGGACAAGGCUUCAAGUUUUGUAAUCACUGUUUGAGGUAUAAGGGAGGUUGCUGGGCAGCCUCAUUUAGUUAUGUUUAGAUACUGUAGAGAUCACAUCAAUAUCAACAGGGCAUUAAAAAUUAAGGUAGUUUAUAUAUGUAUAUAUUCUAAAAUCCUAUAGAAAAUAUUUUUAUUACACAUUUGAUAUAGUCUAAUUUCUUAAAAUAUGAAGCAAAUCCCAUUUCUUGGUUAUCUCAUUAGAAAAGUCCAUCAUGUUCUUUAUUAGACAUCUACAAAACUGAAUUCUGUUGAAGCAUCAUAGGUUAAGGCUCAGCAACCACGACUAAUAUAUUUUUCAGCUAUGUUAAUGUACCAGAGGAUGUCUUUGGUCACAGUAGUUAAACAACCUUCCUUCAUAACAGGACAUAAGGAAUAGAAAAUGAAAGAAGAGUUUUUGUGUCUUCUUUCCCUUCUCAAAAUAGUUUUUCUUUCUCCAAGCAUGAGCCUCAGGAGUAGAUAUGUCUCAUUCUUUUCAACAGAGCAGAGAGUCCUUGCUUAGCAUCAGGCAAUACUGACAAUUUACCAGGGCUAAACCUGAUUUAUACAUGAUAGACCAAUCCAGAUUAACUUUAAUGUAGAGGAAAGGUCCUCAGAAAUAACAGUGUGGAAACCACCAUUCUGCUCCUAACUCUCCAGGCUUUGCCAGAUCACUGCAUGGUCUCCAUGCUGUUUCUCAGAGAUUAAAAAUAGAGUAUAUCCAGGCUGCAGCCCUGUUGGACUGUGCUUUAACUAUUCCCACAUUUAGGAAAAGCCCAUAUCAGCUUUCAGCCAUGAGCUUCAGUCCAAGCUAAGCUCAGAAGUUAAGACUUGCUUUGGCUUUUAGGAUGCCGCUGAGUUUAAUUACCUUCCAGACUUGCUCCUUUUGGAAAUAGAGUUUUCCCUUCCCCACUCCCCUCUUGAAAUAAUAUUGGCAUUUCUUAAGAUUCUGACUCCUCCAUAAGCUUCAAAGGCUUUGCCUACCAAAUCAGCACAAUUCAAGUUGCUUUAUGCUGUAGUCAGCAAUGCUGUUUCCUGAGAACUACAAUUGACAUAAGGCUUCCCUAGAAGCCAUCAAGAGGUUUUAACUCUAAAAUGUAAAUUCAUAGGAAAGUAUCUAAUUUUGUUUGUUUAUUUCUGGUUUCUACACUGCUGUUUGAAUAAGUUAACUGUUUUUUUCCUGGAAUAGGUAUUCAAAGCUUGUGGGUUCUGUUGUUUGUUAAUAAAAGUAUUCCCCCUGUUAUUCAUUCAUGUUUUAUAAAUGGUUUUAUAAAGCUGAGAAAGCAUAGUUAAUAUACUUAUGUCUUCACUAUUUUUACAGUUUUCCCAAACAUAGUGUUGGAAACAUUCUCAUUUGGCUAAUUGCUUUUUUUAAUUGAUGAAAAGACUGACAUUUCCAUCCUAUUUCA